AUGGCGGAGGCCACAGAUUCUUCCAAGACGGCUUUCAGCCCCAAGGUGAAGGGACCGUUCCCCAAGUUCGACUACUCGCCCAACGUUAAGAAGGAGAUCGGGAUGAUCGCAGGCGGGACUGGCAUCACACCGAUGCUGCAGGUGCUGCAGGAGCUGCUGCUGAACCCUGAGGACAAGACGAAGGUGACCCUCCUCUUCGCCAACGCUACCACGGCCGACAUCAUGCUCAAGGCUGAGAUCGACAAGCUUGCCGCGGAGCACGGACAACUUCGACGUCGUCUACAUCGUGGACAAGGCGGGAGGAAAGGGUGGACAGGGGGCCGACGGGACACGUCAACGCCUCCCUGAUCGAGACCCAUCUACCCAAGCCCUCCGAAGACUCGCUCAUCUUCGUGUGCGGACCACCGGGCAUGGUGAACGCCAUGUCCGGGCCCAAGAACGAAGACAAGAGCCAAGGCGAAAUCCGCGGGGUGCUCAAGGGGCUAGGCUACACCUCCGACAUGGUCUACAAGUUUUGAGAUUUCAGGGAUUUUUGCGUGUUGUCACCGUCUCUAUGCUUAGCAUACGUGUCUCAUGAGUUCCAAGGUCUUUUGUUGUGUACCAUACACCAUGGUGUAUUUUUGUACAGACAGCACUUCAGACAGCAGUACGCUGUAGUCGACAAACAUUCAUUUUGGUGAAGUGCGGGACAAGGGGGGUGAUGCUGCUGUUGUAGUCGAAUGGUAGUGUGUGGGCGUGUAGUUCAGUUGUGAGCACGCAAACGUGCUGCAGGGAUUGAUUGUAGGUGUACCUCCUCGGGCUUGUGUACCCUUUUCUUGCUAAUAGUGUGCGUGUUCUUUGAUUUUCUGAUGGCUCUAGCAUUUUUGUGACCACGUGCAGAGUUUAAUGUCAAGAAAACAACAACAACAACAACAACAACAAGGUCUUUCCUCCGACGACAUUGUCUGCCACAAGAUUUU